AGCCGGAAGUUUUCUGCAGGAGACUUAAUUUUCACAUUAGUGAUGGCAACGUUAGAGACAGUCCCUAAAGAUUUACGACAUUUACGGGCUUGUCUCUUGUGUUCGUUGGUUAAAACUAUCGAUCAAUUUGAGUAUGAUGGUUGUGAUAACUGUGAUUCCUACCUGCAAAUGAAGGGGAAUCGAGAGAUGGUGUAUGACUGUACCAGUUCUUCUUUUGAUGGGAUUAUUGCAAUGAUGAGUCCUGAAGACAGUUGGGUCUCCAAAUGGCAGCGGAUAAGUAACUUCAAGCCAGGGAUAUAUGCGGUAUCAGUGACAGGACGGUUACCUCAGGGUAUUGUACGGGAACUGAAGAGUCGCGGUGUGAUCUACAAAUCAAGAGACACUGCUAUCAAAUCUUAAUGGAUCCAUUUUGCUGUCAAAAUUAUUACUAAUGAUUCUUUCCAACUAGGUUUCAUGUUUACCUACUUGUAACUAGAAGAUUUCUGUCAUGUUCUUACUGCAGAUGUAUUGCAAUACAUUUAUGUAUCAGUGAAUUGCUUUUGCAUUCUCCAAGAAAAAUUGAGUACGACAGUUGGUAAUUUUAAAUCAAAUUUGACUGUUUAGUGCUGAUUGCAGUGAAGUUCUACUAUGUACAAAGGAAGCAUCAACAGUGCUUGGGUAUCUAAAAUCCCAAAACUACUUUGAAGAAGAAUUGGGACAAGAGAAAAGUUGAAGAUGGAUUUGAUUAGUAUUUAUUGAAGAAUUGAGAAAUGGUAGAACUGGCAAGAUGCUCUUUAAAUUUCAAAGGCUUGUAGUCUUACUUCCAUGUUUCAUGUGCAACAAUACAUUUUGGACAGUAUUACAAUGAAGAGGAAAAUUGACUAAUAAAACAACCUUAAAUAUUCAA